CUUGUUCUCAGACACGACCAGUAGCUGGUCACAACGAUGCCCGGACGAAAGUUUGACCAUUCCCAGAGCCCGCCUGACCACGGUGUCAAAAUGGAGAGAUUCAGUCCAAUGCACGACGAAGGCCUCACGAACGCCGGCUUUGUCGCGGAUGCCGAAAUGAACGGCGACCAUCGGGAGCAUCUAGCCAUUUCCGACCUGGAGGAUCAACAAAACAAGGAUGCCAAGAUUCGAGAGCGAGUCGUCCUAGCCUUGAAGGUCCUAGCAUUCUUGCUCUACCACGGCUACCUCAUAGCCGGCAUCAAACUCACCUGGAACGAAACAGGAAGCUACUGCCACGACGUCAAGUUCCUUGUGGUUGUCACAGCAAUUGUCUACAUUUGCGUGAUCUGGAAGAUUGUCGCCUACACCUUCGACUACUUCCUGGAAGCUCGCUGGGACAACCUCAAAAGCAACCUGAAGGAAAGCAUCUCGGCUAAGACGAAGCGUGGAAUAAGGAUCGGGGUCUGGGCCGCGAUCUGGAUCGGAAUCCUGGCGUUCCUCGUCGUAGACUCCCUGAACGACCCCCGGCGACUCGUGUCGGUCGCCGGCGCCGUGGUGCUCAUCUUCCUGGGCUAUGUCUUCUCCAAAUAUAGGCAAGAGAUCAACUGGUACCAGGUGAUGUGGGCUGUCCUCCUCCAGUUCCUGUUAGGCCUCAUUGUGCUCCGCUGGCCACUUGGCCGAGAGGCGCUCCAGUGUUUCGGCGACAAGGUCAAGAGCUUUCUAGACUUCACGUUCGCUGGCUCCACCUUUGUGUUUGGCUAUUUGGCCAAAGGCUUCAACCUGACCGAGGCUCUCGGAGACCUAGUCAAGCCACAGAACGCAAAUGCGUCGCUCCAGAACGUCACCGAAGUUGCCCCGCCAUCCAUCGAGAAUUUGCCUCCACUAUUUGUCUUCCAGGCCCUGCCCGUGAUAUUUUUCUUCAGCUUCAUCGUGAGCCUCCUGUACUUCUACGGCAUCAUGCAGUGGCUUGUGCUCAAAGUGGGCAGCUUUCUUCAGCUCACCAUCGGAACGACGGUGUGCGAGUCUAUGACCGCCGCCGCCAACAUCUUCCUCGGAAUGACCGAAGCUCCUCUGGUAAUUCGUCCAUUUCUGCCUAUUAUGACAAAGUCGGAGUUGCAUACAGUCAUGACUGGAGGCUUUGCAACCAUCGCCGGCAGUGUCAUGGCGGCCUACAUUGGAUUCGGGGUUAGCCCGAGUCACUUGCUUACAGCGUCCAUCAUGAGCGCACCGGCUGCGCUGGCCUUUUCAAAGCUCCUCUACCCUGAAGUGGAGGAGAGCAAGACGAAUUUGGCAAAUAUCGUGAUGCCCAAAAGUAAAGAAAAGAACGUCCUGGAAGCAGCGUCCAACGGGACCACUGUGGGAUUGACCAUAAUCGGCCAGAUUGUGGCCAAUGUGAUCGGCUUCUUGGCGUUUAUCGCUUUCCUCAACAGCGCUCUGCUCUGGUUUGGCUCCAUUGUAAAGCUCGACUUCCUAACGUUCGAGGUGAGGUAG